ACUUACGGAGAGCCAUUGGAACUUUGCCAGCCUGACAACACAUGCUUGAUUUCCACCACAAUUCCUGCAAUGUCAGUGCCUUCCUUCUCUCUUCUUCGUCUCUCCAAAAACAGAAAACAAAAGAAGCACACUCCUCAAAGAAAAUUUUGAAAUCAAAAGGGUGAGAGUGAAAGAGAAAAUGGGUUCAAACGCCUUCUUCUCUUCCAUUCUCUAUUUUUUCCUACUAGCCACAUUGGUCUCCUCUGCCCCAUUUCUUUCUGAUGACAUAUUUGAGUCUGGGGCAUCCACUGGCCGUGCCCUCCUACAGGCUAAGAAAGCUUGUGGAGUUGACUUUGAGAACAAGAACUACACUGUCCUCACAAGCCAAUGCAAGGGACCCCAGUACCCACCCAAAGUGUGCUGUGAGGCUUUCAAGCAAUUUGCUUGCCCUUUUUCAAAUGAGGUCAAUGACAUGACAACUGAUUGCGCCACAGUUAUGUUUAGCUACAUCAACAUCUAUGGCAAAUACCCUCCUGGCCUAUUUGCCAAUCAGUGCAAAGAAGGGAACCAAGGUCUUGAUUGCAGCCAAGUUACACCAACCAACACUUCUUCCAACACCAUUCAUGUGGCUGCUCCUCCUCACUUUUUCUCACUUGCUACCAUUUCUGCUUUCCUGGGAUUCUUGUUCCACUUGUUCUGAAAGGAUGAAAAUGUGAAAAAAAAAAACUGAAGAAAAAGUACCCUCUUGUAUUAAUUGAACACUCUUUCCAAGAUAUUUGGGGUGAGAAUCCUGUAUCCACCCUUUACGUGAAAUGAUGCUCGAAUUUAUAUGAUCUGAUCAGGAUUGCCAA